AUGGAUCCAGUUACGGCAUUUGGCCUUCUAGUCAACGUCGCGACCUUCAUUGACCUGGGUGUAAAGGCUAUCGGCAUCUACAGAGAUGGCGUGGGUCCGAACCAUACGCGUCUCGUCGAGUCGGCAGACGAGAUGGAAGGGCUCUGUCAGCAGCUCCAAUCCACCAAGAUAAUGAGCCAGGCCACAGCUUCCGGGUCGAUAGAGGCAGAUUUACAGGACUGUGCCAAGCGCUGCAUCGAGAAGGCGACGGCGCUUCGGAAACGACUAGAUCUGCCGACCAAGUUGGCUUCCAAGCGGCAGCGCGCUUUGGAGAGCGUGAGGGUACAGUUCUCGAGAAAGAUCCCGCAGCUCGAGCGGGACUUGCAGGGCCUGCGUGUGGAGCUCGAUACGAAAUUGCUCGUUAGCAUUCGGUAUGUAGCUUGCGAUGUCCGAAACUCGUGGUCGCUAAAGAGAAGCGAUGGAUGUAGGGAGACAAUUAACGUCAACGAAUUAAAGCAAACAGAUCACUUUAAGUCGCUUGACGCGUCGAUUCAGAACGCCCUUGUACGUUUUUGCGACAGCCAGAGCACGGCGUUGGAUCUGGUCUUGGAUCGGAGCACCAGGAAGAUUUUCGACCGUAUCAACGAGGUCCAGAAGAUAUAUAUAGAGAAUGGGGCCAGAAAAGAUCUCGAACGCCGCAAAAGCAAGAUUCUGGAGAGCCUGAUCCACGGAAACCCAUUCACCCGCGAGAACCACAUCUUGGGUAAGCACGAUGGAACCUUCGAAUGGAUCUUUGACGAGGGUCCGGAAACCGGUAGCACCUUCCUCAGCUGGCUUCGGUCUCCGGCCGAUGGCGGCAUUUUCUGGAUCCAGGGGAAGCCCGGCUCAGGGAAGAGUACACUGAUGAAGUUCCUUUGCACCUCCACCGACCGCAUCGAGCAAUGCCUUCACAAGUUCGCAACAGCGAAGACGCCUGUCUUUCUCGUUUUACUUUUGGCUCGCAGACGGGGCAAAGCUGCAAAAUACAGAGAGAGGCUUUCUUUAUUGCGGCAGAAGAAGACACAGGGAAACUGGGACGUGGUCGAGCUGAGGUCGCUGGUUGUUUUGGCGGCUGACACCUUGCUUAUUGACCACACUGUUUACGUUUUUGUCGAUGGACUGGACGAGUGCCAGGCGGAAGAUCUGCUCAAAGUGCUCAAUAUGAUCAAGCAGUUCUCCAAUCGCGGAGUUAAGAUCUGCGUUUCUUCGCGGCCAGAGUCGCGCAUCGUCAACAGACUUGAACCAGAUGCAGCAGAUAUCAUCAAAGUCGAUUUUUACACAAGAAACGACAUUGCGAACUUUGUCGACGACGAGUUUGACGGCGUUAAUCUCAGUGUUGUAGCACUAUCCCAGGAAGACUUGAAGGAUUUGGCAGACAGAAUUAUUGAGAACGCUGAUGGAGUGUUCCUUUGGGCCACCCUUGUGGCCAAGGAUGUGUGCAAGGGCAUCGAAAAUGGAGACGACGUUGAUCAGCUCUACCGCAGAGUCAAUCAAACGCCGGGUGAUCUUGAUGCAUUGUACAAAAACAUGCUAAGCAGGCUCGGACCCGACGAAAACCUCUACAUUGCCGAAGCUACUUGUUAUUUCAGCCUGGUUUCGCAAUAUGAGUCCAAAUACUUGCAAGGUGAUAUGCCACUGGUAUAUUGUUUAUCUGCUUACCAAAAAUUUCGAGAGAGUGGACAAGGCAAUAAAGAACCCAAACUGGAUCUAUUAUUACCGCGUGUCGAAAGCAGAAUCUGUGUGGUAUGUGCAGGAAUGCUGGUUUGUGGACAACGCUUGGAAGAUUACGUUGCAUCUGAUCCCACCCUGCGCGACAGGACGGUACGCUUUAUCCAUCGAACAGCUCGCGAUUUCUUUCUGGACUGCGAUAACCAAGUUAUGCGCUCCGGCUCCUUGAGUCUAUAUGAAUACUUCCACACAGUGGCUUCUGGGGUUUCAAUGGCUUGUGGCACUCAUGGAAUACCUCCCAGAGUGGCGAAUGACUAUUGCGUCUUCGUUAUUAGAGAUCUCGCCUGGUCAAGACUGAAACCGGCGGAUAAGGUCAAAUUGCUCCUAUCUCUCAAUGCAUCCAUGCAGGAGAUAUCUCGAACAAAACACUGGUUAUACCGGCAGUUGUUGGACGGCAGAGUUGCGAUGGAUACCCUGGAUCUCGUAUCGACGGCCCUUUCGAGUAACUUCGACCUUCUUGACCAUUUUCGCGAAAGCGGCGCUUCCCUCAGCCUAAGAUACAAAUCAUAUCUUCUGUCUCUCGCCUGCAACAGCGCUUACUGUAACUACUAUGACUUUCCCCAUACCUACCAGGAUCUUCUCUCGAGCGGAGGGGAUCCGAACCAAACGAUGUUUACCUCAUCUUCCUUUCCUUUCAGAGCCAAAACCUCACCGUGGAUUCAGUACCUAGCUUCUCGUACCUAUCCUGAUAUUCGCCCAGGGUCUCCUGAUAUUCGCUCAGACGUAGUCCAAAUGUUUAUUGAGGGUGGGGCAAACCUCAAGGAGAUUUCUCUAUGGCAUACAUCUCUCCCAUCAGUUCACGGCUACAUGCAUCUUGAAUUCGGUAUUCAGUCCGGGUUCCCCCCCGGUGGCAUCGACAUAGUACUUCUUGCGAAUACUCGUUAUGUCGCGGAGGGUUUGCUGGGACGUUCGCUUCAAACAAUGUUUGCUUCAGAACUCCCCGCCGCCUACUGCAAAAUUCUUGGCUUCAUCUCGGAGGCCCCAAUAACCACGCCGACAGAUUUGUCUGCUACAGAUCAGGCCUCGCGGGAAGAGGACAUGAUAGAUUCAGUGGAGUUGAGCAGGCUUCAACACCACAAGCAUUUAUACCUUUUCAGUGAAGACCUACUAUCUGCCAAAGAUAGGACCAUAUCGACGGAUGCAUCAGAAGUCGGUGCGCCCGAGACCUCUCUUCAUGGUCUGCUCCGCGAUAUUCAACAUUCCUUCCCACAAACACCGGUCGACGGCCUAGACUCGAUACUUGACGUGAUUACCGAGUACCGAAAGCACACAAGCUCGGUGCCUUUUUUGACUUGGGCGCUGGAAAAUGGAUAUUUUAUCAAGGACACCGACCCGGCCGCGCUGUUUCCGGACUAUGAGAAGUUCCGCGGUGAAGAUGGAUUUAUUGACCUUGAUGCUCUGUUUGCUGAUUAA